AUGGACGGAGCAGAGAAGCAGAGAUUGAUAAGGAUGAUAGAUGAAAAUGGAGAUACAGCCCUGCACAUGGCCGCCAGGGGUGGACUUAUCGGCGUUGUCAAAUUCAUAAUGAAAGAAGAUCCUGAAUUCGAACUUUCAGCGAAUAAUGCUGGGGAGACACCACUUUAUCUGGCGGUGGAGAAAGGUUUAGUUGAGUGUUCGCGUGCCAUCUUGGAAUCCUGCAAGAAACCAACUUAUGACGGUCCAUGUAGUCGAACGCCUCUGCAUGCAGCAAUAAUUCGGCAACACACAGCCACUGAAGGUGAUAUAAACAUGAUAAAUGAGCUAUUAAAACACUGUCCAGAUUGCUGGGAAACGCUUAACAGCUGCGGCCAAAAUGUUCUUCACAUCUCCAUACUGAACAAACAAGAAGAGGUAGUAAAAUACUUUUUAGAUUCUGGAAAGUGGGAUAGCCUUGUUAAUGAGGCAGAUAAUGAUGGCAACACUCCUCUCCAUUUGGUUGCUGCCUCUGGGAACUAUGUGCCUGAAUUAAUAAAACAUCCCAAAGUAACGAAGAUGUCAGUUAACAAAGAAAACCAGACUCCUCUCGACCUAGCACUUGUUUGCACAGAGUCAACAAAUAAGAUGAAAAUAGGGGAAAUUGGUGGAAAGUUUGCGUAG